GUCAAGCUCGCUCUAUGAUUGUGGCUCCUUCUAUGCCUUAGUAGGUUCCGCUAGAGAUCAACACUUCGGGACUAAGAAUUUCCAUGCUUGAGGGGAACGUAGGACACAACGAGAUUGGUGAACUAGUUGCUAAAGGUAUUAUCGUCAAGACGCCUCGGGUACCCAUCAUUGUACGCGGUUAAGAUCCUAAUGCGUACGUUAAAGCCAAUGGUACUGUGGACAGUGGUGCGGAGAUCAACAUGGCACCGUACGAAGCCGCCGCUAGGCUCGGCAUUGUGAUACAAGGGGUGGAAGAUUUGCAACUGUCUAUAGCUGCUGCGACAAGUCACUUCUUUGCUUUCUUCCUUGUUAAGAGAACGCCCAAAUGGUUGCUUGGACAGCCAUUCAUCCUUUGAGGAUGAAUCACACUGUUCACGCCGUCGUUGUUGUAAGUAGGAGGCAUAGGAUGGAAAUGACCUAGUAGGGGAAAGUUCAUGGUCCCUAUGAUUGGGAGAGAGUAGUGGAGGAAGUGGAAGAAGAUGAGGGAGAGGCGGAAAACUAGGAGUCAGUACCGAAGAGGAGGGGAGCGGUGCUGAGAAAUUGGAUCACCCCUUAGUUGCAAGUGCAAUGGAGGACGAGGAGUUUCCUUUUGUUGGUGUUUAUAAUGCGUCCCUUCUUGAAAGUGUUUUUGGCGUACAAGAUAUAGAAGACUUGUUAAGUGACGGGUCUUUGUCUAAGAUGGAACAAAAGGAGGAGGUUGACUUUUUCCAAUUCGAUAAUAUUGUUGAUGGGGAGUGGUUUGAAGAGAACGCGGUACAGAU